AUGGCGUCAGUGGGAAGAGAAGAUCUUUUCUACAUUUGUUCUGUAGAUCUUCAGUUGAAAUCCUGUAACUGGACCUUGAACAAUGACACGUGGCACAGCAAUCAGAGCCAGGACAUAGUGAUGCAGAAAUUGCUCUUCAGCAUUCUAGGCCCCAAGAUGUCACCCUUCUUCCUGCCGGUGUCACUGACCUACCUGGUGAUAUUUCUAACCGGGGUGGCAGGAAAUCUCCUCACCUGCACUGUGAUAGCAAAACACAGAAAAAUGAGAACCCCGACAAACCUCUACUUGUUCAGUCUGGCCAUUUCGGACCUCCUGGUCUUGGUUUUUGGAAUGCCACUAGAGACAUACGAGAUGUGGCAGAACUACCCCUUCCCCUUUGGAGAGGGUGGCUGCCACUUUAAAACCUUUCUAUUUGAGAUGGUUUGCUUUGCUUCCAUUCUAAAUGUGACGGCGUUGAGUGUGGAGAGAUACUUAGCGGUAGUUCAUCCCCUUCAGACCAAACAUGUUAUGACCAACGCACAUGCCAGGCGGGUCAUCAGUGUGGUGUGGUGCAUGUCUCUGCUGUGUUCCAUUCCCAACACCUCACUGCAUGGCAUAUACUAUAUCUAUCUGCCGUCCCUGGAGAGGGUGGAGGAGUCUGCAACCUGCACCAUGCUGAAGCCCAAGUGGGUCUACAACCUGGUCAUCCAGCUGACCACCAUAUUCUUUUACUUUGUCCCUGUCUCUAUUAUCACUGUCUUAUAUCUGUUGAUCGGCUGCCGACUCACCCGGGAGAGGAAAUUCCGAAUCAGAAGACUGGGAAAAAUGUGCAAGAAAGACGAAACCUGCAGGAUAGUGCUGGAGAAUGGGAAAAGGAGGCAGAUCACCAAGAUGCUCUGUGUGGUCGUCAUCGUCUUCACCAUCUGCUGGGCCCCGUUCCACAUUGACCGUCUGCUGUGGAGCUUCAUCAUCAAGUGGACGGACUCUAUGCAUACCACAUUCCAGUAUGUCCACAUCCUGUCUGGCGUCUUCUUCUACCUCAGUGCAGCGGUGAACCCCAUUAUCUACAACCUUCUCUCCACCAAAUUCCGGGAGUGUUUCCGAGAGAUUGUCUUCAAGAAACCAGAGAUCAGCCUGUCCUACAGCAGCUCCCCCGCCUUCUCCAGGAUCCAGAAGAGCCCUCCCCAUAUGGAGAGUCUGCUGGUGGCAUCAGGGCGAACACUCUGCAAGGAGGAGCUCAGGUUUUUACCGCUGGCGCUGCACUCUCGGCUGAACUGCUCACAUGACGACGAGACCUCUUCCAUGUAA